AUGGAUUUCGCGGCGCUUAUGGCCAAGGAGAUCUCCAAGGCCAAAGGCGGCGAUGCCAAAGAGUCUGGCAAAGGAUCCCCUGCAGUACCGACCAAGAAGUACAUGCGACGAGGCGAGGAGGAAGCUGCGCGGGUCGAAGCCUAUAAUCGAGAGCAAGAACGGCUAGCCCGCGAGCGCGAAGAGCGCAAUCUAAACAAGCGCAAGCUCGACGAGGAGGAAGCCGACCGAAACCGCGAACGGGAGGAAAAGAAACGACGCCUAGCCGAGGAAUCCAAAGCAAAACGAGAAAAGGAAGAAGCGGAAAAAGAACGCGAGAGGCGGCGGAAGCUCGGUCUACCUGAAUUGGUCGAGGAUAAAGCCGAAGGCGACGAGGAGGAGGACAUUGAAGAGGAAGAGCUCAUCCAGAAACUACGGGAUAUGGAGGCUCCUAUACGGCUAUUUGGAGAAGAUUACCGCGGGCGACUGCGAAGAUACCGCCGCCUGGUCCAACGGGCUGCGAUUCCUAAGAAGAAGGUUACAGACGGACCCAUCCCCACGACAUUGGAGCCCGUUUCGGGCGGACAGAUGAUCAUCCCAUCGAAGAUUCCGAAGGACCAGGAGAGCCGGUUGUUCCUUUUCCGCCAGCUUGGAUCCUACUUCAACAUGGUCCUGUCAGAAUGGGAGCUCGCAUUGGCCAAGCGUGACGUGUCAGUACGUGAAAGCUUCCAGGGCAAGCAAGCAUACGGUGCCAUGACCCAAUCGCGGGAGAACAUGACGCCGCUGUUCCGCCUCUUUGAGAAGGCAGAUUUGGAGGAUGGGCUGUUGGAACCGAUCAUCGAAAUCGUGCACAAGGCACAGCAGCGGCGAUACGUCGACGCUAAUGAUGCUUACCUCCGAGUUAGUAUCGGUAAAGCAGCCUGGCCCAUUGGUGUUACCAUGGUUGGUAUCCACGAACGUUCUGCCCGAGAAAAGCUGCACCAGAGUGAUCAACAAGCGCAUAUCUUGAGUGACGAGAUAACCCGCAAGUAUUUGCAGAGCAUCAAGCGCUGCCUGAGUUUCGCGCAAGUCCGUUGGCCCCCAGAGGAUCAGUUGCAGAUCAUGGGCUAG